CCACCACAGGCACAAAAGGAUGAAAGUUUGUGCAUCUGAUGAUGGGUGACUGGGGUAACCUUAGAAUCAUAGGAAAGGCCCCACCAGAGGAAAGGGACUCCUGCAUUAACGAUUACAGUGAAGCAGAAGUAAGGACAACAGCAAGAACACCUGGGAAAAACAGGAGGACUUUGGUGAAGUUGAAAAUGAGGUGGAAAGAGAACUCUGAAAUGCAAGAAGCACAGAGGGAAGAGACUCUUGGUCUGUGGAAAACCUGAUAGUUUGGAACGACUGACCAGCGGUAAGAGAAAGCAAAAGAAGAAGAUUCUGAAAUAUUCGGGAACAUUUGCUGUCAAAAGAAGGAGAUUUAAAAUUACAAAUGGAAGAAAAUGAAAAGUUGAGGCGGUAUUGAGGAGGGGUGGCUUUACCAUAUUCAUAUCAGACUGCAGGUUCCCAGAGGGGAGCUGUAGAAGCUGGACGGAACACUGGGAUUAGUGAGGUGGGUGGAGCACGGAGCAGCCAGAGCUCUGAUGUGGAUGUGGCUUUCAGAUGGUGCCAAGUUCGGGAAGACAUGCGAAUGCUGUGGUUACAGAACACAGAGCAGCCCGGGCGCCCAACAUGGCUGCUGAGCACCCAGAGGAUGCACUCAGAGAUGAAAGAUGGAUGCUCACAAUUUGGAAAUGAGAGCUUGAAUGAAGAAUUGAGAAGGCAAGUCUGUGGUCCACAUACACAUUCCCAGAGAAAGUCAGCACCCAGAGACUAAUAUCACUGAGAAAUCUGGGCACAAGUGCUCUCUCUGCUGAGAGACAAACCAAGACGUUGCUGUUCUGCUCAGCAUAGACCAAGAAGACAUGAAAUCCCUAAUGGAAGGAAACUUAGAAGAUGGCCUGCUGAAUAAGGUGGACUUGAGGCGCCAGUGGAUUUCCCAGAUGGUGGAAGAGGUGCAGAAAAUUGUCCAUCAUCUGACCACAGAAAUCAGCUACCAAGACAUUCGAUUUCAAGCCGUCCUUUACUCUGACACGUACAAUGAGAACAUUAAGGUUUUGGCCCCCACCCAGCUCCUCAUCACAGUCCCGAUGAGAGGCCUGGCCGGGUACAGGGAGGCCCGGCAGCAGCGCUGGCGCUACUACACCCUGCAGGGCGCCCGGCUGUCCUGCCCCCUGCGGGACCCAGAGGGCCUGCAUCAGUGGCUGGAGGUGAAGCAGUUUCUGAAGAGCCUGUGGCAGUGGCACGAGGCAGAUGUGAACACUGACGGGGACAUUGUGCCCGCCAAGGUCCUCCAGGUGUUCCGGAAACUGGUCGAAAAUGCAAUUGAAACCUGUCACCUGUCAGGUAAGGUCAGCAUGCUAAUGGACCGCCCUGCAGUUCGAGUUGCCGUGGAAACCUCCAUAGGUCGGGUGGAACUAGAGCUGACCCCCUCAGUGGAGAUCCCCACCGCCUGGUCCAAGAAAGCCCGGUGGCCUUCGUGUCUGAAGCGCUGGCCUUCUGCGGAGAGAGUGCAGUGCAUCAAGUCAUUUGGGUUUAGCUUGUUGGCCUGUUCAAACUAUCACUGGCAGCUGAGCUUCUCGCGGGCUGAACAGGUGCUGCUGGAGCAGCUGGAUGAGGACGGGGGCUGCCGCAGGAAGUGUCUUCAGGCCGUGAGGCAGAUGAAGGAGGACGUCUGGUGUCCAGGGAAAAGCCCUGUGAUCACGUCCUACCACCUUCAGACACUGCUCUUCUGGACUUGUGAGAAGUAUCCCCACCCAAAGGACUGGCAGGUCUUCAGCAGAGCGUUCCUGCGGCUGGUGAGGAAGCUGCACAAGUGCGUGAGCCAGCACUUUCUGAGACACUACUUCGUGCGGAAGAGCAACCUCCUGCAGUAUGCCAAUUCAGGCGAGCUGGGGGCCCUGGCCCAGAAGCUGGCCUUCUUCCUGAAGAACCCCCAGAUCAGCCUGCCCUGAUGCUGCCCUGCGUGGGACGCUCUUGGACAUUUCAUUCAAGCUUGACCUCACUCUCUGUGGAUCGUUCCUCAGUCAGAGGCCAGGAUCCUGCCCAGGAGAGAAGCAACAAAUGGCAGAGGAAAAUUCCAUCAACCCAGCAGCACUUCAGGGGGGAAAACUGUGCCCCAAGAUGUCUGGUCCAGGCCUCCCUGCAGCCAAGCUAGCAUUUCUGCCCCCACUAGCUACCUCUUUGGGAGACAGCUCUCAUCAAGCUUCCCCGAGCCAUAGUUUCCGAACUGAUGACAGUUCUGAAUUUAUUUUCCCUUGCUCAGGCUCUGGUUGUCUGUCAGGGAGGAUGUAGGGAGAACCUCCGGAAGGCCAGGCAUCAGCCUGCUGCCCACGAGUGUUUCUCCAGCCCACUGACCACGGGCUCAUUAUUUUUCCAUUUGUAAAAUGGGACUGUUCAUAUGCCUCCCUCAGAGCAGGGCUG